UAACCUCAAACAUUGAACGAAAAUCAAGUAAAAGAGUGAAGAGUGUGAAUUUUGUCAAUUACGAAAAUAAAGUGUUAAUUAUAGUGCUUAACAUUCCGAAAAAUUCUUUCUAAAAAUUAAAAGUGAAAAUAGUGUUUAAAGGAUUAACUUUUGUAAUCUUCUGUGCAUAGAUUAUGUUUUGUAGUAAAAAGUAAAACCCAAACAAGGAUUUUAAUUUUUUUAUUUAUUAUAUAAACAGUGUAUUUCGAAAAUUAAAAUUUGUGAUCAUGGCAUCGAAAAGAGAACGUCGUGCAAAUGCAGGAAGCAAAAUGGCAAAACUCCUCAACGAAGAGGAGGAGGAUGAUUUUUAUAAGACGACUUAUGGUGGCUUCGAGGAAGUCGAACAGGAUAAUGAUUACAUGGAAGAAGAUGAAGGAGAAGACGAAGUUGAUUCGGAUUUUAGUAUCGAUGAAAAUGAUGAGCCAGUAUCAGAUGCAGAGCAGGAAGGAGGUCCAAAAAAGAAGAAAAGAUUGGUAACAAAAGCGUACAAAGAGCCCAGCAAAACUGUUUCUGCGCCAGCUCAGUCAACACCAAAAGUAAAGAAACCUAAACCAGCAAAACGGGAUAGAUCUUCAAUUGACAGUACAGAAAGAAAGUCGAUUCGUCGAUCCACUGCCGCAAAAUCUGCAGCAACACAAAAACGCUUAAGGGAAAGAAAUGAAGACCAGAAAAAGAAAGUCAAAGUCGUAAAACAUGAUACGUGGAAACCUACACAAGAAGAACUAUUGGAAGAGGCCUUGAUAACCGAGAAAGCUAAUUUAAAAUCUCUCGAAAAGUACCAAAAACUGGAGAAUGAGAAGAAAAAUAUAAGAGCGGUGCGAAAGACAAACUUGACUCCGAUGAUUCGUUACCAAUCUUUAUCGAUGCCAGUGAUCGUUCUCUCUGAAUUUUCGAGCGAAAAAGAGGAAGAAAAAAUAAAUGUGGAUGUAGACGAAGAGAAAAUUUCCGAAGACAAAAUUUGCACACGAUCUACAACGAAUGAUGUAUCAAGUUCGAAUGCGAAUUUGAAAGAACCAUUGACAGUGGCAAUUAAUGGGCAUUAUGAAAGGACUUUUAUAACUUUUGAGAAUGAACAACUGUUCACGGAUGCAUUCAAGAAAACUCCGGCGCCAAGGCCUACUCUAAAAUCACUGUGUGCAAUCACAAGACUUCCUGCUAAAUAUAUGGAUCCGAUGACGAAUCUACCUUUCAGAAAUGUGCAGACAUUCCGAUUAUUACGAGAAGCUUAUUAUCAGCAAUUGGAGGCCCGAUCGGAUAUAAAUGACACGAAUUUGAGUCCAAGUUUACAACGGUGGCUCGAAUGGAGGCAGAAAAAUACUCACAGUUCCCAGAGGAACAUCAUCCGUUUGGAAUCUGCGUCCGCACCGAUUACGUCUUAGCUGUUUCUUCUUUUAAACGUGCCGAGAAAAUCCAUUAACAGUAUCUUUAGCUAAUAAGUUUAAUGUUUAAUUAGUUUAAUAUGAUAAGCUUGUAAAUAAUUAGAAUAUUAACUGAUCUUGAAUAAGAAACACAUAUAUUUAAAUA